UAAAAUAAUAUUUAAUUUUUUUAAACUUUGUAUCUAAUUAAGCCAAAACAUGUCAUUAUAUUUUAAGUGGAGGGCAGCAUAUAUUUUCCGAUAUAAAGGAAAAGUGUACGCUAAGGUUCUCACUUUGUAUUAAAGUGUUCAAUAAUUUGUGUUUCCCUUACCACAAAUAGAGUUUAUCAAACAUGAAUAUACAUGUUAAAAUCUUGUCCAAAAGCCUCGUAAAACCAUCAACACCAACCCCAGACCAUCUUAGAAUUUACAAGUUAUCUUUUUUCGACCAAGUGGCUGACUUAGCGCACUUGCCUCUUGUUCUUUUCUAUCCUCACUGUAAUAACAACCCAAAACAUGAAGAGCUCGAAGAAUCCUUAUCAAGAAUCUUAAGUCAUGUUUACCCUUUAGCUGGUCGAUUCACAGAAGAUGAAUCAUCAAUUCUUUGUCUCGAUCAAGGGGUAACUUAUAUAAAAGCAACGGUCAAUUGUAAGCUUGAUGAUUUCCUCCAGCAAGCAAACAAUGACCUUGAUCUAGCAUUGCCAUUUUGGCCUCAUGGCAUUAUGGAUGUGGACGAGACGAAUUUAUUCGUCACACCGCCUAUGGUUGUCCAAGUCACAAUAUUCGAAUGUGGUGGCCUAGCUCUAGCUAUUAGCUCUGCACACCCUGCUAUGGAUGGAUUUGCCGCCUUCACAUUAGUUUACGAAUGGGCAAAAGUGUGCAAAUUUUUUAUUCCUUCAAAGGAGAUCAACUUCAUGAGCUUCAAUUUGGGCACUCUUUUCCCUACAAAAGAUUUAACCGCUAUUCUUGAGCCUCCUGUUUGUGAAGGAAAACGUACUCAAUCGAAGCUGAUCGCGAAGAAAUUUAUUUUUGAUGAAGUUUCAAUAUCAAAGCUUAGAGAGGAAUUUGAUUCAAGCAAUGUUUUGAGUUUCAAACCUUCGCGAGUUGAGAUGAUUACAUCACUUUUGUGGAGGUCUCUAAUCCGUGCAGCAAGAAGUCCCUAUCUGAAACGGUCUGUAAUGUCGUUUCCUCUUAACUUGCGGGGUAAGGUUGUAGCUUAUCCUGAGAUUGCAAGCUCUUUUGGGAAUCUCAUUAUUGAAAUUCCUAUAAAAUUCGAACAUGAUGAUGAAACCAAAGUUGAAUCACUGCAUCACAUUGUAAAACUUAUAAGAGAGUCAGUUCAAGAGACUACGAGUUACUGUGCCAAAGCUACUCCUGACGAGAUAGUUUCUUUGGUUGUUAACUUGUACAAUGAUGGAUAUGCUGGAUUUGAGUGGGGAGGUGACAAAGAGGUCGUGAAUUUUACAUGCUCGAGUCUCUGCAGGUUUCCCAUACAGAAAACUGAUUUUGGUUGGGGAAAACCAAGUUUAAUGCACUUUGGUUCAAGACAUAGCCAAGUUUUUUGGUUGUAUGAUACACCAUGUGAAACUAGCAUCGUUGUGCAAAUGGAUUUGGAGGAAAUGUACCUGGACAACCUUGUACGUGACCAGGAUAUCAUGGCUUUUGCGAAAUUUUAAGAUUUAGUACUUUCUUGUUUAAAGUUUGUUUCAGUUAUAUGAUCUUGUUAGAUUAUUGCAUUCUGAAAUAAAAUAAGUCAAAAUAUUGCUGGUUA